GAUCAUGAAGUGCCUUGUUGCUGUUCUGGUCUGUGUGGUGCUCACUGAGGGACUUGUUAAGGUCCCUCUGCAGAAGCAUAUGUCAGUGCGUCAGGCCCUGAAAAAUAGAGGGAUUCGCAUACCUUACGAGGAUCCCCUUCUCAAGUACAAGCACACUGAGUUUGCUGGCUCUGCCAACAUGUACAUCAACAACUAUGCUGAUACCACCUACUAUGGACCCAUCAGCAUUGGAACACCCCCCAAGUCCUUCCAGGUGCUGUUUGACACUGGCUCCUCCAACCUGUGGGUGGACUCCGUCUACUGUAACACUAAGGCCUGCAACACCCACAAAAAAUUCAAUCCCAAGCAGUCCUCCACCUUCGUUGCCAAGGAUCAGUCCUUCUACCUGCCCUACGGAGCUGGAAGCCUUUAUGGAGUCUUUGGAUAUGACACUGUCAAUGUUGGUGGGAUUGUGAUUCGUAACCAAGAGAUCGGUCUGAGCACAGACGAGCCUGGUGAUAACUUUGUGGUGGCCAAGUUUGACGGCAUCCUUGGCCUGGCCUACCCCUCUAUCUCAGCUGGAGGAGAGACCCCUGUCAUGGACAACAUGAUGUCUCAAAACCUGCUGAAUACCAACCUAUUCACCUUCUACCUGUCUAGGGGAGGAGAGCAGGGCAGUGAGCUCUCUUUCGGAGGAGUGGACAGCUACAGGUACCGGGGCCAGAUCUACUGGGCCCCUGUCAGCUCUGAGUCGUACUGGCAGAUCGGCAUUCAAGGAUUCAAGAUCGGUGGUAGCGAGACCAACUUCUGCGCUCAAGGCUGCCAGGCCGUUGUGGACACUGGAACCUCCAUGCUGACAGCUCCAAGCCAGAUUCUGGGCUACAUCAUGCAGGCCAUUGGGGCUGAAGAGGACCAGUAUGGAAUGUAUAUGGUGGACUGCAGCCAGGUCAACAACUUGCCAACUCUCAUCUUUGUUAUCAACGGCGUUUCCCUCCCUCUGCCUCCUUAUGCUUACAUCGGCCAGCAUGGAGACCAGUACUGCGUAGUGAACAUCACCCCAACGUACCUACCCUCGGAUGAUGGCCAGCCCAUGUGGAUCCUUGGGGAUGUGUUCCUCAGAGAGUACUACUCCAUCUUUGACCGCACCAACAACCGUGUCGGCUUUGCUGAAGCCAUCUAAGUGGUAUUGGUGUAACCUAACCGGACCAUAAACCUGAUCAGAUAAUAAUGACUAAGUUUGAGUCCACUCUAACACUGCUAAGAAACUGAGGCUUUGGUACAUUCAACAUCUGCUCAAAUAUCUGCACUGAGAAGUUGUUUCGACAAUAUGGGUUUAAUUUCAAGUUCAUAUUUGUAACUGUAUCAUCAUGCAUUGCAUCAUUCUUAAGCACAAUAAAGGUGAAAGGUGAAAAAAAUUUCUGCGAGUGCUUUAACAUUUCAUCUUCUUAGAUGAGCCGUCAUUAUCGUAACAGCACAUGCUCUGUUCCAACAUCCACAGAAUCUGACAAAUGCAAUAAUAAACUAGAAUGUCACUCAGUAGAGUGCAGACCUCUGCCAAGGCCAAUGUCAAACAAAAAACACCAGACCUCAGAGGAAAAAAUUCAAAUUUAUCAUAAAUAAUCCGGAUAUGUCCCAAAAUAUAAUGGGUUCUUCUCUGGCCCAUUCCCCAUCCCUCCACCAAAUUUGGUACGAAUCAGUUCAGAACUUUUUCUGUAAGCCUGCUGACGAAUGAACCGACAAACAAACCAACACAUGUCUCAUGUUGCAUCUGUCAACAAGGCACUAUCAGCAGAGCACCUGUGAUUGGUCAUUAGCUGUUCAGGUACACUCAAAACUACUACGUAAAAUGUGAUUCAAUCAGGAUACAUUUAUCUUAUGUAUCAGUUACACAAGAGUUGUCAUGAAAAAGCAAACUUUCU